CAUCAGCCUUUAGGGAUGGAGGGCACAGGCAGCGGCUGGGCAGCUGAGCUCACCCCACCAUGCGUGACACACGAGGUGAAUGGGAAUGACACUGGUCAGGUCUUUGAGGUGGCGCUGCAGAACGGCUCCUCCAAGCGCAGCCCCCAGUUUGUGGGUGUGGAGCUGCUACAGUCCUUCAAGCUGCUCAUCAUCCCCUGCUACACCGUGGUGGCCCUGGUGGGCGUCUUCGGCAACUACCUGCUCCUUUACGUCAUUUGCCGCACCCGCAAGAUGCACAACGUCACCAACUUUUUCAUUGGAAACCUGGCCUUCUCUGACAUGCUGAUGUGUGCCACAUGUGUCCCCUUCACUCUGGCCUACGCCUUUAACCCACACGGCUGGGUGUAUGGCCGCUUCAUGUGCUACCUGGUGUACCUCAUCCAGCCUGUGACAGUGUACGUGUCGGUCUUCACUCUCACUGCUAUUGGUGUGGACAGAUACUAUGCUACAGUUCAUCCCCUGAAAAAGCGGAUCUCAGUGUUGGCAUGCACAUACCUUCUAUCUGGCAUCUGGCUGCUGUCCUGCGGUCUGGUGUCUCCGGCUGUGGCUCACACAUACCAUGUGGAGUUCAAGAAUGAGGGCUUUACGAUCUGCGAGGAGUUCUGGAUGGGCCAGGAGAGGGAGCGGCUGGCUUACGCGUACAGCACCCUCUUCAUCACCUACGUUCUGCCCCUGUCGGCGCUCUGCAUCUCGUACCUGUGCAUCUCAGUCAAACUGCGGAACUGUGUCGUACCAGGCCACCACACCCAGAGCCAGGCAGAGGCUCAGCGCAUGCGCAAACGCAAGACCUUCCGGCUGGUGAGCCUGGUGGUGGCGGCCUUCGGCAUCUGCUGGAUGCCCAUCAGCGUGUUCAAUGUGCUGCGUGACAUUGACAUUGACCUGAUUGAUAAGCGGUACUUUCUGCUCAUUCAGCUGCUCUGUCACCUGUGUGCGAUGAGCUCAUCCUGCUGUAACCCUUUCCUCUACGCCUGGCUGCACGACCGCUUCCGUGCUGAGCUCCGCAAAAUGUUCACGUGCCGCCGUCGCAUCGGCAUCUCGGCCAACAACUGUGCCACAGCCAGCGUAGUUUUGUGAAGCUUUAAUGUUUUAUGCUAUAGUAGAGUUUAGUCAUCUAAUUCUGGAAACAUUAGGCAACACAGAAUUAGAUACGCAAGAUAAAAGGAGGAAGUUAUUUGAUUAGCUGAAUCAAAGGUCAGGUCAGGUCGUCAACUCUAUGGACACUUUGGGUUGGCAGUAGGGAUGGAACAUCAACCCAAGCAUAUAUAUAAGUCACAGGAGAUAUAAAUGCAACAUGUAGCUUGUUUGAGCAAUGAUA